AGGGUUAUGUAUUUUUGUUAAAUAGUUUAAAAAAAAAAUUACAAGUAAAUAUAAAUAAAUGACUUAUUUUUGGUCAUUUUGUAAUCAGAACUAAUUGCGUAGCAAACCUUUUUAUUUUUAAAAUUUACUUAACAUUGUUCCCAUCAUUAACGAAACUAGUAAAAAGUGAUGCUAGAAAUAAUUGAAUUUACCAAAACUAAAGUUAAGACGUUCUCAAUGGCGGGGAACUAUGUUUAUAUUUAUAUAUUAUUUAUCAGAACUUUUGCUUUGGUACUGUCAUACGUUCUUAUUAGACCCUUUUGAUUUGUCUAUCUUUAAGAUAUUUAGUUCUUAUUAGUAAAUUUGCCUAACGAACAACAACAAAGUUGAAUGAUUAGAGAAUAAGGUCAUUUAUGUCUACCAACCAGGGUGUGUAUUGUGUAGAAACCGGCUAAUAGUGGCAUGUCCUGGCAACAGAAAUUAACAGUUACCUUGGAACUGUGAAAGGAUUUUAAAGGUAGACAAGUUUUUUUUGAAUUCGAGGGUGGGAAUAGCAAUUUAAGUACAACGUGUCGGAAAGGGAAUACUGUGCAAUAAAUUAGCAGGAAAUUGAAAGGAGGUAAUAGACAUUGCUAAUAACAACUAUCUACUAGUGUGAGUGGGAGUGGCAAAUAAACUUGUGCCACAACUUUGGAUACAGUUUGGCAAACAUAAGUUUUUGGUGCACCAGCUGAAUGAGAAUCCUGAACGUAUUGUGGACGCUGCUGAAAAUGCUCUACCAACUGUUAUGGUGUUCGGCGCGACUACUCUCCAUGCUCUUUAAUGUUUUUUGGUUUACCUGCAAUCUUGCCUCGGCCUGUAUCCCCUGGAUGACGUUAGUGCUGAUGGUCGCUUGUGUGGCUUCUAAGUUCGCGAAAUUACGUAGCCCGGAUGAAAAGCGAUUGCUUAGAUUACUUGGCGGUUGUGCACCGGAAGAACUAACCUACUGGCCUAUAGCUAACCGCGGUGCGGGUUACGAUGCUCCCGAAAACUCCAGAGCAGCAAUCAAAAAGUGUGUGGCACGUGGCUAUCGAAACAUACUGCUGGAGGCCGGUUUGACAGCGUGUGGUGAAAUUGUGAUAGUAAAUCGCACAACUUUAGAACGAGCCGGUUUGUUGGGUGGUGUUGCACAAUACACAUUGGACGAAUUACGCAAAUUGAAUAUAACAGAGCUACAUCCUUUAGGCUCACAAUUUGAAGCUGAACAAAUACUUACCCUUAAAGAAUUGUUGCAAAUUUUGGAGGAAGAACACCGCAUAACUAUUUUUUUACAUAUUUUGGACAACAGUGUACGCAUGUUGGAACAGUUAAGAGCUGCAAUCAAAUCUAAUGCACACUUCACAUCUCGCACAAUACUCAUCAGUCGUUCACCAUACGCUAUUUAUCAGUUACGUAAAUCACGACCGGAAUUGAUUUGCGGACUCUGGACGGAGAAGUCGCUUUCAUUAGCACUUUUGAAGGCGUCAACACUCAUAACAUCUAUUUAUGGUGCUUUUUUCCGUAAUAUCAUUGCGCCUGUAAUCGGAAUUAGUGUUGUUUUUGUCAGCAAGGAAGAAUUCAAUCUUCACAUUGCUGAAUUAUGGCGCAACGUAGGUGUUCGUCCACUAGUAUAUAAUGUAAAUUCACCCAACGAGAAACGCUAUUUUCAAAAGACGAUGAAAACCCAAUAUCUAACCGAUUCUUUACGUUCUGAACCUCAUCUCCUAAUGAAAGCUUAAUUCAAAUUAUUGACUUUCCAUGUGUACAUGAAACUUUUGUACAUAUACAAAAGUAUUUUUAUUUUUUCUUCAUACCUGCUUGAAGAAGUAAUGUUCACACCGUCCCUACAAUUUUUUAUUGCACCUAUAUAAAUAUUAUAAGUGUGUUUUUACGAAUACUUUGCUGCCAUCACAAAAUUUAAACGAUGCACAAAUUGACUUGGCAUUUAGAUAUGCGCUUAUGGUUUAAUAGAAAACCGUGCUUACUUAUUGCUCUUUUAAUUUUAUCGAAAUUAAAUAUUUUUAUGCUGCAAAUCCGCAUAUUUUUGCUUGGCACUGUCAUUUCUCCAUAAAGCCAUCACAUAAGAAGCUGUAAAGUGUUGCGUACAAAAUAAUGUUUUAAUAAAACGAACAAAAAAAUAUUAAGUUAAAAAAAUACAAUAAGUGCGAAUAAUUAGCAUAAUAAACAUAAACCCAAAUAAAUGUAGAUAUAUCGAAAAAUCUAAGAAGGGCAUGACUUCUUUAGUUAAUAUUUGCGGUAUUUUUUUUUUUUUUUUGUAUUGAUUGAAAACAAAACUUUACAAAAGUUGUAAAUUUGAUUAUUUAAUUUUCUAUUAGUUUUAAUUUGAAAUAUUUAUCUGCUAUAAUUUCUCUGUAACCGACAAAACUAAGCACAAUGAUUAUUUUCUGUGGCUUUUUGAUAAUACUAAAUUCGUACAACAGUGGUGAUAUACCUCAUGCUUAAAGAAUCACAAUUUUAUUAUAUAAAUUUUUUAUUAAUAAUUUAUUUUAUACAAUAUGCAUCCACUAUCCUUGUGUAUACAGUUUUUCAAUUACUUUAUUAUUAUAUGCAUCUAUCUGCAUAUGCAUUUAUGUAUACAUUUUUAAUUGUAAAUUGUAUUAUUUAUUUUACUGUUUAUUAUUAUUAUAUUUGUUAUAUUAUUUAUAUUAGUUAAGUGUUUCUUUUUUUAAUUUAGUAUUCAAAGAUUUAUCCAUAUUUUAUUUGCGACUUUUUCGAAUGCACAAAACCAACAGAAGCUUCAAAAAUAUUUUGCCACUGUUAAAUAAUUUACAUAUAAUAUAUACUUUUCAUUUAUGUAUGUCUAGAUAUACCAAAAAUUUGUAUGUAAGUUCAAACACAUGUGGUACGUAUUUAAAUAUUUGUAUGUAAGACCUUAUAUGUAAAAGAAGCUAUUAAGUAAUAAAGAUAAUACAUUUUUAUUUACCAGUGUCAAAAAGAAAAAAUAAUAAA